UGCAGGUGGCACCGCUGCCGGAUGGACGCGCCCUGGUGUGGUGGUCGAUGAAGCUGGCCCACACACCAUGUCAUCAUGUGUCUGUAGCCAGCUCAGCAGUGACAGGGCCGUCCCCCAGGAUGAGCUGGGGGGCGGGGACGCCAGCAGUGAAAGCCAGCAGCCCUGUGAGGCCCUACGAGGCCUCUCAUCCUUGAGCAUCCACUGGGGCAUGGAGUCCUUCAUUGUGGUCACUGAGUGUGAGCCUGGCCGGGCUAUGGACGUCGGCUUGAUCCGGGAUCGGCCUGAGGAGGCUGAUGGCCUGGAGGUUCCUCUGAAUGCCUCAGAGUCCCAGGCCCGGCCCCCGCUCUCCAGUCGCAAGCUGUCCCUGCAGGAGCGGUCCCAGGGCGGGCUGGUGGCUGGCAGCAGCCCAGACACGAAUGGACGUUGUACCUAUCCAUCCUUGUCCUACUCGCCUGCCAGCUCCCCUCAAUCCUCGCCACGGCUACCCCGGCGGCCCACAGUGGAGUCUCACCACGUCUCCAUCACGGGUAUGCAGGACUGUGUGCAGCUGAAUCAGUACACGCUGAAGGACGAGAUUGGGAAGGGCUCCUAUGGUGUGGUCAAGUUGGCUUACAAUGAAAAUGACAACACCUACUAUGCAAUGAAGGUGCUGUCCAAAAAGAAGCUGAUCCGACAGGCUGGCUUUCCACGUCGCCCUCCACCCCGAGGCACCCGUCCGGCCCCUGGGGGCUGUGUCCAGCCCAGGGGUCCCAUUGAGCAGGUGUACCAGGAAAUCGCCAUCCUCAAGAAGCUGGACCACCCCAACGUGGUGAAGCUUGUGGAGGUCCUGGAUGACCCCAAUGAGGACCAUCUGUACAUGGUGUUUGAACUUGUCAACCAAGGGCCUGUGAUGGAAGUGCCCACCCUCAAACCUCUCUCUGAAGACCAGGCUCGUUUCUACUUCCAGGAUCUGAUCAAAGGCAUUGAGUACUUACACUAUCAGAAGAUCAUCCACCGGGAUAUCAAGCCUUCCAACCUCCUGGUUGGAGAAGAUGGGCACAUCAAGAUUGCUGACUUUGGCGUGAGCAAUGAGUUCAAGGGCAGUGAUGCCCUCCUCUCUAACACUGUGGGCACGCCUGCCUUUAUGGCACCUGAGUCACUCUCAGAAACCCGCAAGAUUUUCUCCGGGAAGGCCUUAGAUGUUUGGGCCAUGGGAGUGACACUGUACUGCUUUGUCUUUGGCCAGUGCCCAUUCAUGGAUGAGCGGAUCAUGUGUUUGCACAGUAAGAUCAAGAGCCAGGCCCUGGAAUUUCCAGACCAGCCUGACAUAGCUGAGGACUUGAAGGACCUGAUCACUCGUAUGUUGGACAAGAACCCCGAGUCAAGGAUUAUGGUACCAGAAAUCAAGCUGCACCCUUGGGUCACGAGGCACGGGGCCGAGCCAUUGCCAUCGGAAGAUGAGAACUGCACGCUGGUCGAGGUGACCGAAGAGGAGGUCGAGAAUUCGGUCAAACACAUUCCCAGCCUGGCAACCGUGGUAAGGCGGGACAGACCACUGACCGACAACAGGGGCCCAGAGAGCCUGAGGCAGGACCAGUGAGGACAGGGCUGGGACACAGGUGGAUGCCUGGGAAGCAGAAGUGGGCCCUUAGUGUCAGUGAUGACCAGGGGCUGCCCCUAACCCACAGUCACUGGCCUCUGGGCCUUGGUCACACAUCAGGGCAGGUAGCCCCUGAGGUUCUAAUAAUUUCAUAGAAAGGGGUAGCUCCCAUAUAAGAAUCAUACUGCCCCUUCUAGAAUUCCUGCUUUCAGAGCAUGUUGGGAGAAGAACCAGGAGGAGGAGGAGGAUCAGGCUGGAGCCAAGGAUCAGAGCUAGAGCUGGACUCUCUUAAGUUGUGGUUCCAACCUGGCUGGAUCUUCAGCCCCUAGAGCACAUCUCAUGCCUGGGACUCCCCCUUUAUAUGCUUCAGAAAGUUCUCCCUGUUCCUGAGGGUAGGGUUUUGCUUGGGAGCCACUGGGUCCCCUUGUUUGGCCUUGAAUUUGGGUCCUGACCAAGGAAGAAGGACCCAGAAUGUCCUUAGGCCUAAGCUUGGAGACACAGAAAUCCAUAACCCCCCCCUUCCCCAGCCCUCAUUGCCAAGCCCCUGCUGGGAGGGCAUCUGCCUCCAGGAGGGAGAUGGGACUCCAGGUACGGUCCAGGGCUCGGCUGCCCUCCAUAGUCACCUUGAAAACCCUGGUUGCAUUGGACUAGUAUUUGCUCCAGCAGGCAGCAGGCCCUGGGCUCUGGGAGGGACCAAGAGACUGUAUGCAGAGUGUUCACCCUCAAGGGACUGGCCGGACUCCCUCUGGGAGCCCAAAAGCUUUGCACCGCCCCCUCCUGCUUCCUACACUCUGCCUCUCUCCUCCUUCCAGAGCCUGAGCCCCAGGGCCAGGCACCCAUCCAUGUCUCCUCCUCCCCCACCUGGGGCCUCUGCAUGACCUUCACUGUUCCAGCCUUACCUACACCCACUCACCCUUCCUCGUCCACCCUUCCACUCCCCUGCCCCCAUUCUGUGCCCAUGGUGGGAGAGGCAGUGAAUGUCAGUGUCCCCGUGGGUUACUCUGCACCAGAUUCUGGGCCUGACCCAUCCCCCUCCCUCUGCAGAUUCUUGGGAUCAAGUCUGAUCCUGGAGAUCUGGACCAGGCAUUUGUUAUUCAGGAAACAAUUCUUGAACCACUUCAGAGUGGAUUCUCAGCAUUGACAUGGCUCAUACACUCUUGGAGAGGCAGAGGCUGGCCAAACAAGAGGGUCCUGCACAGGCAUUGUCCUCUGGUGGGAGGGACCUGGGCCAGCAAGAAGCUUAAAGAAAGCCUGGACUGCUGAAGAGGGGCAAAGAAGGUGGGAGGAGUUCAAGCACAGUCAGGAACUAGAGCCGCUAGAGCGGGGACAGGUGGACAGGAGCUGGGUAGUAGUCCAUGUUGGGAAUUGUGAUGUCUGGCCCCCCUCUGUGUGUUUGUCAUUCUACAAACACUGGCUGAGCACCCAUCACAUGCCAGGCUGGAGAUGACAAAGACAGGCGAGGGAUAGUGGCAGCCCUCAUGGCAUCAUGAAAAGAAUGGGCCCAGAAUGAUGUUCCUGUGGGAUGACAGGCCAACCAAAGAGAUGCAUGAGAGGAGGCUUACAUGAGAGGAAAAUGGCCAGGGUGCUCUUGUCGGGGACAGCAGCACCUGCCAAGUCGCAGGACCCACCAGGCUCUUGCUGUGCUGGUGCCAGGCUGUGACUGUGAGAGCCCUGGGAAUGCAGACUUCCUUCUCCAUGUGGUUUGCUAGCCAGAUGCUCUACCACUGAGCCACUCCACCAGUGAGGUGGACCUCUUGACACAUAAAAGUAGCCAUUUCAAAGUGAAUAACUCAGUGGCGUUUAGGACAUUCAGUGUUGAAAUUGUCAUCUUGAUAGCUCUGAAACAUUUUUGUCACCUCAAAAGAAACCCCUACUCCCCAUUCCCCCCAUUCCCUCAUUCCAGGUGACCAUCAGUCUACUUCCCAUCUCUGUGGAUUUCCAUUCCACACAUUUCACAUCCAUGGAAUCCUACACUAUAUGGCCUUGUGUCUGACUUUUUCACUUAGUGUAAUAUUUUCAAGGUCUGUCUGUGUUGUAGCAUGAGUCAGUGUUUCAGUCCUUUUUAUGGCUGAGUAAUAUUCUAUCAUAUGUAUAGACCAGUUUGUUUUACAGUUCUUCAGUUAAUGGACAUUUGAGUGUUUCCACUUUUUGGUAAAUCAGUGUUUAUGAAAUACUUAUUUUUCUUAGCAGCAAACCCUUAAGAAAAAAACAAAACAAAACAGAAACUCAGUCCAUAAUACACAAACCAUUUGAAGAAGCAUUGUGCUCUGAUUGAAGUGGGGAGAGAAGGGCUGGUGGAGUGGCUCAAGCAGUAAGAUUACCUGUCUAGCAAGCACAAGGCCCUGAGUUCAAACCCCAGUACUGCAAAAACCAACCAACCAAACAAACAAAAAGAAGUGGGAGAUGGCUUGAGCCUGACUUCCCAGUGACCCCCAUUUCCUUUGACAAUCCCUCACAGAAUACAGCAGCCAAGAAACUAAUCUCUAACCUUCUAGGGCUUCCUGGUUGACAGAAAGCUAAGUUCCACAUUUCUGUGGAUGAGCAAUUCAGUGGGAAUGAGGGUGUCUGAGUGGGUUUCGGGAAGAAGGGAGGGGGAGAGGAAUGGAGGUGAGCGUCUCUUCUCCCAGACGUCCUUGCUUCCCAACCAAGAUGCAGCCCACCUUGGGGGAGAGUGGGUAAUGCAGGAGGCAGAGGCCAGGCUCAGGGUCUCGGAUGUAGUGUGACCUGAGUCCUUGCCCUCAUACCACACCAGCCUGCGAGUGAGCUAUGCUUCCCAUCUUGAGAUGUUUCUCAUCCUCAGUUAAAAUGUAACCUCCUUAUCAUUCGCUGGUAAAUGGAUGGA